GCUGCCCAAUCUGUCGCGUCUAACCAUGCUGCUGAAUCGCUACACUACAGAUCCCCAGUAUCAGCAACUCUUCAUCAAUCUGGAUCCAUACAUAAACAAAUCGGCAAUGUCAGUUCAAUCUCAUUUCUCGCUGCAACGAACCUAUGUCAUCUUUCGCACCCUGGGGCUUCGGCACCUGACUGUUGUUGACCUGCAGAACCGAGUGGUUGGGAUAAUCACCAGGAAGGAUCUGAUGCCUCUUUUGCUGGAGGAGAGGCUUAGGCUCCAGCUGGCACCACAAAGCCCUGAUGCGGGUGAGCAGCCCUGGGAUCAGAGAAGAUCAGGCCAAUGCAUGUGUUCUUAGGCUUCAUGACUUCUUUUCGAGCCCUUGUUCUUCAGGAAAAAAUAAUCAGAGCUUUUCCACUUUUCUGGACAAGAGAUCCUUAAAAGCUGCUGUAUGUAGACCUGUGGGAUUGUAGCCCAGAGCUAUGUCUCUUCAACUGCUUAGCGACUGCAAAAAUCCAUUGAUUUAAACGCUUGUGAAAAAAAUUAGGAAUUUACGAGUUUAUCCAUCAUAUCCAAAAUCAGAUGUGAAGGAUGGAUGUCAAGAAUGUUUUUGUCACGCUGUGAAUGUGCCCCACAAUGAAAAAAUGUCAAGAACCUCUAGCAGCAAAGUUAUGCUGGCACAACUUUUUAGUGAGGAGUAAAUCAACCUUUGAGUACGUAAGUGGCUGUUGAA